UGUGUGUGUGUGUGUGCGCGCGCGGUGUGGAAGCUCCGCCUCCGCGCACUUCAGCAGCCGCGGCACACGCGCGUGUCCGAGCGCGCGAGGCUGGAAGCAGUUUAACAGCGCGGUAUGGAUCGAGACGUCUUCAUAUCAUUAAUGACACGAGCAGAACAACAUCAUAUGAACUUUCUGAGCUCGAUAUAAGAUGAUAUAACGUGACAGGAUUGUAACUCCACACAGCACGAGAUCGAAACAGGCAGAGCGCUACCAAACAUUCACCAGACAGCUCAAAGGAUGAUUGUCUUUGUGUUAUACCUGUUCUUCUGGUCGUGGCUGCCAUCCGCUCACAGUUUGGAGUUUCGCUAUCAUAACAGUGUGGAAGUCGAACAAUAUCUGAAAAACACCACCAAGAUGUAUCCCAGUAUCACAUAUCUGCACAGUAUUGGUCAGUCUGUUGAAGGAAGAGAACUCUGGGUUUUAGUAAUAGGUCAAAACCCCAACCAGCAUCGGACAGGCAUUCCAGAAUUUAAAUAUGUGGGCAACAUGCACGGCAACGAGGUUGUUUCUCGUGUGGUACUGCUGCAGCUAAUCGAUUAUCUGACCAGCCGGUACCUGAGUGACCCUCUGGUGACACGUAUGCUAAACAGCAGCCGGGUGCACAUCCUACCCUCCAUGAACCCAGACGGCUUUGAGUCCUCCGCACCGGACUGCAUAAACACAGUGGGCCGGUAUAAUAAAAAUGGAGUGGACCUAAACCGGAAUUUUCCAGAUGUAUUUCAAGCGAAUAAUGUACAAAGGGAGAAGGAAGUCAAAGCGGUGAUGGACUGGCUAACUUCGGAGACCUUCGUCCUCUCAGCCAAUCUGCACGGAGGGGCGGUGGUCGCCAGCUAUCCAUACGACAACAGCAAUGGUGGAGCUGAGAUGCAGGGAGGCCAAAGUGUCUCUCCUGACAAUGAUGUCUUCAUUUACCUGGCAAAGACCUAUUCCUAUAACCACACGUCAAUGUAUAAGGGAGACCCCUGUUACGGCUCAAGUGGCUUCGUCGAUGGCAUUACCAAUGGAUAUUCCUGGUAUGCUUUACAAGGGGGCAUGCAAGACUAUAACUACGUUUGGGCCCAGUGUUUCGAAAUCACAUUGGAAAUCUCUUGCUGUAAGUUUCCUGCAGUGAGUGAUCUACCUGGUCUAUGGGAUGCCAACAAACCUGCUUUACUAGCCUAUAUGAAACAAGUUCACCUAGGGGUGAAAGGUGUUGUGAUGGACUCAAAUGCAAACCCCAUCCAGAAUGCCGUAGUCCAAGUGAAUAGCAGAAGCAACCUCAAUUCGUUUAAGACUGACCGCAAUGGAGAGUACUACAGACUGCUGCUGCCCGGCACCUACUCCAUCACUGUGACAUUCCCAGGACACAAGACGGUCACACAGACCGUUUCUGUGCCAUAUGGUCCAGACAAAUUCUCUGCCUUAACCCAGAACUUCAUCCUUGUAAAGAGUGAUAACAUCACCAACUCCGUGCUAGACAACAGCCCCGCCCUGCUGGCCAGCACAGUCACUGCACUUACUGCCUUCUCUAUCCAAAGACUGCUGGUUUUUUGAGAUGUAGCAAACAUUUGUCAGUGAUAAACUCUUUUUUUUCUUGCACAAUCAAACUUUUUAUCAACUUUUUUACAAUAUCGUGAGGCUGUAUCUAAAAGUGGAUUCAGUAGAUUUGAUUACAAGCACUACAGUCCUGCAAAUAUAUGGGACCCUGGAUCACAAAACCAGUCAUGGGUAUAUUUGUAGCAAAAGCAACAAUACAUUAUAAUAGGUUAAAAUUAUAGGUUUGUUUGCUCGCGUGGAUACCAGAUGACUGGUUUGUGGUCCACAGCCUGGUGACACUGGUUGCACUGCUGGGGAAAGCACUACAUUAUUCUGGGCUUUACACUUUACAUGUUUAAUGUGGGGAAAAUGGCACUUUGCAAGUUAAUAAAUGCAUUCGUCCAUACAAAGGUAACUCACCAGAAGUGACUGCAACAUAAUCAAGUCUAGUUUUAGACCUUUUCACAAACAAUCUUAUUUAUACCUGGUAAAUUUGACAUAUCUUUCAAUCUGUUUACAUUCCAGUCCCAGUUGUGAGAUGAUACAGUGAGAUUUAAUGGUAACUGGGAAUACUUAAUAGACUGGUGGCUUGAAGAAAAGAUGCUAGAAUACUGACACGUGAAGAUUAUAUAACAUGAAGGCAAUGUAUAUACAUGUAUUAUGUAUGUUAUAAAAGAAUAUGUAUAUAUAAAUUUGUACACAAUAAUAUAACAUGUACACAUUAUCUGGAACUUAAUAGUCAUAAAUGUAUUUUGAUUUUAUAAAUUUAAGAUGGUGCCGAUAGUUUAAGCAAAAAAGCUUAAUAACCUAAUUUUAUAUGUUUGUUUGUUUGGUAUAUUAACAAUAUCUGUUUGCAAAUGUAUAAAAUGUAAAAUUGAAGAGUGAAAGCAAGUCAGCCAAAAAAACUUUGGUGUCCGUCCUACCUCACUCAAUCCAUCUCAGACUAGAAAGACUGGUAGUGCCUUAAAUAAACCUGUCAUGAGAAAUCA